GAUAAGUGCGACUCACGGUCCACCACUGCAAUCUGCUGCCAUCCGUAAAUUGCACACUUCCAACACGUCCGCUCCAAGAAUCUGAAAAAUGAUGUUUACACAUCACCUCAUGAUAUGAACUUUCAUCUCAAACCUUUUUCCUCUUGAACGAGAGGACCAACAUGACGUUGGCGCACCGGCUUGGAGUCGAGAGCGAGAGAGAGAGAGAGAGAGAGACAGAGACGCCGCAUGGGGAGGAGGGACAUCGGACGACGCGGCGGGGGGGCGAACACAAAAGUGAAGAUCUCGCAACGUGAAGAGUGACAACGAUAACAAGCCUCAAGUCCUGCCGCUUGCCUUUUCUUUCUCUGUGUAUGCGGGAUGGGACCUCUGAACGUCUCCGGCCAUCUCCCCGUCAACCAGUCCGACGUGAGCAGCGUGUUGACGCGUCAGGUGCUGCCCUCGCUCUACUUCGUGGUGUGCGCGGUGGGCGCGCCGCUCAACGGCGCCGCCGCCUGGAUCUUCUUCCGGGUGCCCAGCGACUCCGCCCUGGUGGUGUACCUGAAGAACAUGGUGGUGGCCGACCUCCUGAUGCUGGCCACCUUCCCCUUCCGGGCGGCGGCGCAGCUGGGGCUGGGCGGCUGGCGGCUGCAGGCGCUCACGUGCCGCUACACGUCGGUGCUCUUCUACUCGUCCAUGUACGCGGGCAUCCUCUUCAUGGGCCUCAUCAGCCUGGAACGCUACGUCAAGAUCGUGCGUCCCCCGGGCUCGGCGUGGGGCCACGUCCUGCAGAGCGCGGGCGCGGCCCGGGUCCUGGCGCUGCUCGGCUGGGGCCUCCUCGCCCUGUGCGCGCUGCCCAACGCCGCGCUGGCCGGCCGGCCGGCCGACCGGGAGACGUCUCGCCGCUGCAUGAGGCUGAAAAGCCCGCUGGGGGUCCAGUGGCACCGGGCGUCCACCUUCUUCAGCGUGGGCCUGUUCUGGCUCACCGCGCUGGUUCUGGCUUUCUGCUACUCCUCCAUCACCCGUCGCAUCUACCGCUCCUACCGCCGCGUCAGCCGCGGCAGCGACGACGUGCGGCGCAAGUCCAACCGCAGCAUCUUCUGCCUCCUGGCCGUCUUCCUCGUCUGCUUCGUGCCCUACCACGUCUGCCGCGUGCCCUACACCCUCAGCCAGAUGCCCGGGUCCGCUUUCAGCCGGGGCUCGCGCUUCCUGCUCUUCCAGGCCAAGGAAGCCACGCUCUUCCUGUCCGCCGUCAACGUCUGCCUGGAUCCCGUCAUCUACUUCCUCAUGUGCCGGAGGUUCCGAGAGUCUUUGCUGGGGAAGCUCGCGGCAGGGGACGGGACCGUCUCUCUCGCCGCCGCGCCCAGUCUCAGCAACAUUUACAGAUCAGGCGGCGGCGCAGGAGGAAGUGGCGAGCAGUCGAGCGCACAUACUGGAGUCCGUCCCGGCGUUCCUCGCGCAGAGCACGGAAGUUUCCGCAUCUCCUCCCGAGGAUCCGCAACCAUGAGCGCGGUGGUCGGAGCGCCCGCGCCCUUCAACCGGUCUUCCAACGAGAGCUUUUCCACGUGCGGGUACCCGCCCGCCGCCUGGACCCGUCACAUCUUCGCGGCCGUCUACAGCCUGGUCUUCCUGACGGGCCUGCUGCUGAACGGCCUGACGCUGAAGGUGUUCCUGCUGGGCGCCCGCUCGUCGCGCUGCGUCACCGUCUACCUGAAGAACCUGGCGGCGGCCGACUUCUUGCUGAGCCUUUGCCUUCCCUUCCGCAUCGCCAGGCACGCCGGCGCUUCGCAGCCGCCGCUUCGGUCCUACUGCAGCUUCGGCGCGCCCGCCUUCUACCUCAACAUGUACGCCAGCAUCCUGUUCAUGGGAUACAUUGCCACCCACAGGUACCUGAAGAUCGUCCACCCUUUGGGAACUCCUCUGCUGCAAUCGGUGCGGGCGGCUCACGUCGUCUCGGCGGCCACGUGGCUCGUCCUCCUCGCCGUGGCGGGCGCUUACGUCAUCCUGUCGCUGGUCGCUCCGGAGGCUCCUGCGCCGCUGAUCGCCGGCGUCGCGAGCUGCGACGACCUCCAAAGCGGACAGCUCAAGCGCCUCUACAAGGCGGUGCACGGCUUCUCCACCGCCGUCUUCCUGCUGGUUCUGCUGGCGCUGCUCUUCUUCUACAGCAGCACCUCCCGCAGGCUGGCGGCGGCGCAGCGGCGGCGGGCGGCGUCCUCCGCCGCCCGCAAGCUGCUCAAGUCCCGCAGGAACAUCCUGGCCCUGGUGAGCGUCUUCUGCGUGUGUUUCGUGCCCUACCACCUGGUGCGCCUGCCCUACGCCGUGCUCAAGCCGUCCGGCUGCUCGGCCAGGUUGGCUUUUUUCUACCUGAAGGACGCCACCGUCGCAGUGUCCGUCCUCAACGUCUGCCUGGACCCGCUCAUCUACUUCCUGUUCUGCGACGCCUUCCGGGAGCAGCUCGGCCGCGGCCGCGCGCUCGGCUCCGGCGAACGGACGAGCGGCGGCCGAACGCUGAGGAAGAUGUCCGACCUCCCGUCCAGUGGUUUGUUGACUUGAACGUCGCCUUGUUUCUAUGACGACGGCGAGAGCGUUUCAAUCGUUCCAAAUCGCUUCGAUGACGGAGCAGGACCUUGACUCGCGAGGACCGCAACUUGCGAGUUUUCCCAGCCAAUCUGCAAAUAGGCGGGGCUUAACGCGACGGUGGUGACUUGAGAUACAAGUUGAAUUGAUGACGUGACCACGCUCGCGACUCAGAUCAUCUUUUCCCAUUGAAAUGAAUGCAAGUGCCUCUGUUCCAGCCUUCCUUAAAACGCAAACACAAAUGUUGAAUUUUAAUGAGUAAAGAAAUAUUAGUGAUUAAAAAAAAAGUUUUGUUCAAAAACAUAUUAAGACAUGACAUGGUUCCAUUUUAAAAGAAUAAACCGUUUUUUUUCAUCCUGCAUCAAUGGAAAGGUCUUUGCGCUUGUCUUCUGCUGUGCCCACCUUGACCACCGGGAGUCACUGUAAGAGAGACAGGAUUGUUCAUGAAGCCAUCACUCCUCUCAGCUCAGCGUUGCGGCACUAAUACUGGUUCAUCUCGGCAGCAGAUGAAGGAUAUCUGACCGUUAAUUACGAUGGCAGCCGGUUUGGCGAGCGUCUCAGCCUUGACCCCAGACGCGAAUUGACCUCUUGGCGUGGUAUGACUGCACGCAAAGGCGAUGCAAGAAAAAGAAG